UCCUGUAACGUAAAGGUGCAUUGGGGCGGAGCUUCCGCACAGGUAGGCGGCAGCUUGCGCCUGUCCGCAGGUGAGCGGAAGUAGAGUAAAACAACAAGGUGCCACCACAGCCAGACUGUCUAAAAGCUGCCUGAAAUGACUUUAACACGAGUAGUGCACUGAUAUUGUUUAAGAGGACAGAAAAUCCACCAUGAUACAUUGCGGAGUAUGUUGUGCCAGCCUCAAGGACAGAAAGGCCCUGAUGAAGAUGGGGCUGGGGCUGGUGCUGGUGAGCCAUGUCAACUUUGUUCUUGGAGCACUGGUGCAUGGUGCUGUGCUCAGGCACAUCAGCGUGCGCUUUCAGUCCCUAACCAUUGUGUACGCCAUCACUAAUAUCCUCACCAUUGCAGGAAGCCUGUUGGGAAUCAUUGGUGGAAUAAUGACAAUCAUCCUGUCCAAAAACAAGAAAAACAAGGGCUUGCAGUGGGGCCUGUUGGUGUUCAGCUUCCUGGCAGGUCUCUUGGCAGUUGCCUCCACUGUGGGCUUGUCAUUUUCUAUGGUGAAGGCCAUUAUUAAUAGUGGAGAGGACCUACUAACACACUGCACGUAUUCUGAUGAUGAUGUUGGCUCUACGUACAAAUGCCCCUUUGACCCCACCCGAAUCUAUGCGACCACACUCAUUCUGUGGGUGCUUCUCAUCUUGAUGUCCAUGGUGGAAGCAGUGUUCUCCUUCCGUUGCUUCAUUACAUGCACUUCAUUCCCGUACCUCUGUCCAUGCAGGAAGAGGCCGCACCAGGCCAAGAAGGUGCGAAUACAGAGAACCCCAAAGUCAGCACCAGAUCCAGAGAGUGAGGCUGAAGAUGAGCCUGUAGAGCAGGAUGAACUGCUGGGCGGCGACACGGCAGUGGAGCAGAGUGAGUGGCUCUGAACCAGCUAAACCUACUGAGAUAGGUUGUGAAUUGCUGGGUUCACCUGGAUAAAAAGCAACAUCAUCUCAGUGUUGUUGUAUCAUGUGUCUGUUACAUAUUGUCCGAGGAAGACAUGGGACUCAGCCAACAAACGCAAAUGUAUUUUAUUUCCCUAUGUACGAUAAAAUACAAACGGUCAGAUUUUAUGUUGAUAUUGUCUUGAAAAUACCGAGAGUUGUUACCUGUAUAUUUACAUU